AAGUUUUUUUUUAGCAAAAUGAUUUAUAAUUUGUACAUUUUCGAUAAAUAUGGAACACUUAUGUAUUACGGUGAAUGGAAUCGGUUGAAGCAAUCCGGAAUAACCAAAGAUGAGGAAGCCAAACUCAUGUACGGCAUGCUGUUCUCGCUCAAGUCCUUCGUCAACAAGAUCUCCCCGAUCGACCCAAAGGAGGGCUUCCUGUUCUACAAAACCAACAAGUACGCGCUGCACUACGUCGAGGUGUCCUCCGGGCUCAAGUUCGUCCUCAACACCGACACGACCGCCACCGGCAUCAAGGACUUCCUGCUGCAGCUGUACAGCAAGAUCUGGGUCGAGUACGUGGUGCGGAACCCGCUCUGGACCAUCGGCAGCCCCGCCACGUCGGACCUCUUCAAAGCAAAGCUGGACGAGUUCGUGCGGGCGUCCCCCCUCUUUGGACCGAAAAUAAUCUGAUUUAUUGCUUAAUAAGUGUGGAUAUAA